AAUCCUUUUACCACAUGGUCGCGAAAACUUCGUACUACGUUAAAUCAACUAUAAAAAAAUGAUUACUCGGAGUGAUACCAGAUAAACAAAAUACAAUAGAAACAGCGCUCUUGUUCUAUAUAAAACACAUCUCAGAACGUAAAAGUACUAAACGCUUCCACGAUGCUGAAAAUAUCACUUCUGUUGAUUUUCACCUUAACAGCAAGCUGCCAAGCCCAAAACGAGUGCCUCAGCAGGGACUACGGCAACGGUGGUACCGUAUGUGUGUGCAAUUCCGACCACUGUGACACUAUACCAGCACCAGAACGACUGGAACCACCACAGUACCUCGUCUACACUUCCAACAAAGCCGGCUUGAGAUUCCAAAAAGAUGUAGGGACCUUUGAACAACCAUCAGAAAAUGCAGAAAACGAAAUAGUAGUAAACUCGGAGCAGCAGUACCAGACAAUCUUAGGCUGGGGGGGCGCUUUUACCGACUCCACAGGAAUAAAUAUCGGUUCCUUGGAGGAAAGCGUGCAAGAAAAGCUCCUACGUUCCUACUUUUCCGAAGAUGGUAUUGAGUAUAGUCUGUGUCGGGUGCCCAUUGGUGGUACCGACUUUUCCACGCACGGAUACACGUACGACGACGGUGACGAAGAUCUAGACUUAAAGAACUUUGCUCUGGUCGAAGAAGACUACCAAUAUAAAAUCCCCUACAUCCAAAAAGCUUCCAACUUAACUAAUAACAACCUCCGACUAUUCGCGUCGGCGUGGAAUGCCCCCAAAUGGAUGAAAACCAAUGGAGAGUAUACAGGGUGGGGGUUCAUCAAACCUGAAAUGUACCAAACGUGGGCUGACUAUUUUGUCAAAUUUCUGGAUAGCUACCAAGAGGAAGGGAUAUCGUUUUGGGGGAUCACCACGGGGAACGAACCCAACACGUACCUGGUACCAGGCAACCUGAUUCCUACUGUAGGGUGGAAUGCAAGUGAACAGGGAGAAUGGAUUGCAAACAAUUUGGGCCCCGCCAUCAGAAACUCAGUCUAUUCCGACAUCAAAAUUGUGGCUCUAGACGAUCAAAGAAUGUUUUUACCGGGGUUCGUAGAUACCGCUUUAGAAAAUGGUACUACCAGCGAAUACGUCGACGGAAUUGGUGUCCAUUUCUAUUCGGAUUUUAUUAUCCCUCCGAGUAUGUUAGAUACGACCCACGAACAUUUUCCGGACAAAUUUAUUUUAAAUACGGAAGCUUGUAUCACAAUCCCGAUGUUUACGGUACCAGUCGACUUGGGUUCUUGGGAACGCGGUGAAUUUUAUUCCGACGAUAUUAUAGAAGACCUUCAACACUGGGUUAACGGCUGGGUGGACUGGAACAUGGUACUUGAUCCAAGUGGGGGACCUACCUUUAUCGAUAAUCUUGUUGAUUCACCUAUCAUCGUUAAUACGACAGCUGGAGAAUUUUAUAAACAACCCAUGUACUACCAUCUGGGACAUUUUUCCAAAUUUGUACCAAGGGAGUCCGUGCGAAUUGACUCAGUUUCAAACCUGAACAAAAAUAUAGAAGUUGUUGCUUUUCAAAGACCGGAUAAUGGUACUACCGUCGUUAUACUCAACAAGAACGAAAGUGCCGUACCGAUUUCUCUCGUGGAUGAGUCCAGAGGCACUGCGCAACUUGAACUCAGCGAAAAGUCUAUUACUACAAUUCUAUAUUGGUAGUACCAUUUUUAAAUUCUUAAAAAUUGUUAAACCUUUUAAUCAAGAAUAAAGGCAGUUGGAAGUUG